UGUAUUACUGCCGACUUGUAUCUCAACGACAAUGGACGAAGCCGUCUUGGAGAAAGGUCUUGGGCAGACGGAGGCCACCACUAGAACGCUUGUCGACCAAAAUGACUUGGCCAAUGCCCGCGUCCGCAGGAAGCUCGACUUACACAUGAUGCCCUUGUUUUUCGUCUUGUAUAUGUUGGCAUUCCUGGACCGUGGAAAUAUUGGCAACGCCGAGGUGGCCGGCAUGGGCAAGGCGCUGAAUCUGACGAGUAGUCAGUAUGCAUGGUUCUCCACCAUCUUCUACAUUACGUACAUCAUCUUUGAAUUCUGCAUCAUUUUCUGGAAGAUCUUUCCGCCUCAUUUGGUUGGUGCUAUUGUCGUUUUUGGGUGGGGCCUCUUAGGUACGAUGCAGGCCGCUGCCCAGAGCUGGGGAGGGAUGAUGGCUAUCCGCUUUCUGCUAGGUGCCUUUGAAGCCGCUUAUGCACCUGGUAUUAUGUACCUCUUGUCUUUCUUCUACCUGAGGAAUGAGGUUGGUUUUCGAUGCGGUCUCUUUGCCUCUGCCGCGCCUCUAGCAUCGACUUUUGCUGGUGCACUUGCAUAUGGAAUCACUAAUGGCCACUCGCAUCUGGAAACCUGGCGCCUGCUGUUUUUGGUUGAAGGUCUAGCUACCGUUAUCAUGAGCCCGCUUGCCUUUUUACUCAUCCCCGACUCGCCCGACAAGGCGCGCUUUCUGAAUGCCGAGGAGAGAGAGAUUGUCAAAUCCCGUUCCAUGCGUCAGGUUGGCACAGAGCCCGCGGUUCGCAUUGGCGGCUUGAAUCUGACAGAAUUUCUAUACAUAUUGAUAGACUACAAGGCCUGGUUCGUUGCCUUGAUGUACUUUGGAGCCAAUGUCAGCUAUGCCAGUUUGCCCGUCUACCUGCCCACGAUUCUGAGUGCCAUGGGAUACAGCAGCAUCAACGCCCAGGGUCUCAGCGCCCCACCUUAUUUCGUGGCCUUCCUCUUCGCGCUGAUCACCACGUACAUCGCCGACAGGACUCAGCAGCGUGGCUUGAUGCUCUUUGCCACCUCUAUUGUUGGCGGCAUUGGUUAUGUCGUUCUGGCUACUGUCACAACCGUCGGAGUCCGAUACUUUGCUGUAUUUCUCGCCUCGGCUGGCGUUUUCUCCACCAUCCCCAACAUUAUUGCUUGGACCUUGAAUAAUCAAGGCUCCGACACCAGACGUGGUGCCGGUCUCGUGCUCAUCAACGUCGUCGGCCAGUGCGGCUCUGUGUUGUCGUCGCGUAUCUAUCCAACCUCGGAAGGGCCGCGCUAUAUCAAGGGUCAGUCUGUCUGUGCCGCUUUUAUGUUUUUCACCGCCAUCCUCGCUUUCACUCUUCGCUUCCUGCUUGCCUGGGAUAACAAGAAUCUUGAGCGCAAGCAGCGUGAGGCAGACGAGACUAGCACCGCCGCUUUUGAAAACUACGGUCCAUCCUUCCGCUACGCCUUGUAACUGAUUGUCUUAUGAUGGAACUACCAAGUUCAUUUAAUAUAAAUUGGAGUAAUC